AUGAAGAAGUCUUCAGGCUACUAUAAGAAUAAGACUGAAAACCAGAAGCUUUUCCCGGCGAGGGUGGUGGAGAGCCAUAGAAAAAGGCGCCGGUGCUGCGUAUUAGCGGAACGAUUCAAACAGACUAGUGAGGUUUCUGCCCGGAAUGUAAAAGUUGUUUCCGUUGCUCGGCGGAAGUGUGGGUCGACAGGAGUUGGCCCCGUGCCCUUAGAGCGGGGGCAGGUGCAGAUAUCUGAUCCCAGAGCUCCUAUGCCUCGUGGACCCAUGACUGCUGGUGGCCUGCCUCCUCGAGGACUGUUGGGGGAUGCUCCAAAUGACCCACGUGGAGGGACUUUGCUUUCAGUCACUGGAGAGGUGGAGCCCAGAGGCUAUCUUGGCCCACCACAUCAGGGUCCUCCAAUGCACCAUGCCGCUGGUCAUGACAGCCGGGGCCCUUCCUCACAUGAGAUGAGGGGAGGGCCGUUGGCAGAUCCUAGAAUGCUCAUGAGUGAGCCCAGAGGACCUAUGAUAGAUCAAAGGGGGCUACCUAUGGAUGGCAGAGGCAGCAGAGACUCUCGAGGGAUGGAGACUCGAGCCAUGGAAACAGAGGUCUUAGAGACACGAGUGAUGGAGAGAAGAGGAAUGGAGACCUGUGCAAUGGAAACCAGAGGAAUGGAAGCGAGAGGCAUGGAUGCAAGAGGAAUGGAGAUGAGGGGCCCUGGCCCCAGUUCGAGAGGCCCUAUGACUGGGGGAAUUCAGGGUCCAGGUCCUAUUAAUAUGGGGGCAGGUGGUCCUCAGGGACCCAGACAGGUUCCCAGCAUUUCAGGGGUGGGAAACCCUGCACCUGGCAUGCAGGGGGCAGCUAUGCAAGGAGGUGGCAUGCAGGGGGCGGGCAUACAAGGUGCUGGCAUGCAGGGGGCAGGCAUGCAAGGAGCUGGCAUGCAGGGGGCGGGCAUGCAAGGGGCAGGCAAGCAAGGUGGAGGCCAGCCUAGCAGUUUUAGUCCUGGGCAGAGCCAAGUAACCCCCCAGGAUCAAGAAAAGGCAGCUUUGAUCAUGCAGGUUCUUCAGCUGACUGCAGAUCAGAUUGCCAUGCUGCCUCCUGAGCAAAGGCAGAGUAUCUUGAUUUUAAAGGAACAAAUCCAGAAAUCUACUGGAACUUCUUGAAAGGUUUUAGAAAAUAUUUGGUGGUAGUCUCACAAAGGUUUUCUGUAGCAUAGAGGAUGGGUAGAUGCAAAAAGCUGACUUCUGAAACUCCACACUUGAAUGAUGAGGGUUUCUUUCUUCCCAGAACCUAAUUUCAUUUCUUGUUGUAUUUUCUUUUAAAUUGUGGGGUAGUGGGGAGGAGGGAGUGGGUCUGUUUAAUUCCCUGUAAAUAUACAAAGAUAACUGAACAUGAUUAUAUACUAAAUAAGAUUACAAAGGUUAUGCAGUAUUGUUGUAUUGUUAAAUGUGUCUACAAGGUGUUAAGUCCAUUUUAAAAAUACUGAGUAAAACAAUGUGAAAACUGCAUAAAGACUAAAAGAUGACCUGUUCAAAUGGUAAUGUACUGAGAUAGUUUAACAUGUUUGGUUGUGUAAGAAAAUAAAGAUGUUUACCUCAGAAUUACAAGAUGUAUAUUUUGGUAAGGCAUUUAAGGUACAAAAUCCUAUUUCAGGGGCAAUACAAUGCUGUAUUGGUUUAAGCAUUGUCUUACUAUAAAUUUCGGAAUUACUUCAGGAUGUUAAAGCUAACCAGAUAAUUCUCAACUUGUGGUAUUUGCAAUUUUUUUUUUCCCCCUGAAGUUAAGGACACACCUUAUUAGCGUGAUGUUUUAUUUAUCCGACCCUUCCAGCAAUAUUUUGGUCUGGCCUUUAGCAUGACUUUUCUAGGACAGUUCUAGGGUCAACUAAGUUACUUAAAUCUGCUCUGAUGAGACUGUAUCUCUGAGUAAUGUCCUAUUUGUCAGUAGUCUUGAGUUAAUUGAAUCUAAAUAAUUCUCUCAUGUUCUUCCCCAAAAUCACUGUGUAGGGUCUCAUUGAUCUGGAUAAAUUAUACACAGCAUUGGACUUUUCUUAAAUAAUCUGUUAUUUUCUUAAAUAGUGGAAGGCUUCAUGCAGUAAAGCUCUCAAGUUUCCUAGAAAUUCACUUCCAUUACACAGAUGGUAUCCAUCUGGUCAACCAAAAUCAGGAAUUAAAAAUUUUAGUCUCAGCAACAUUUAAAAUGCCUUUUAGUUCUUAUUUCAAAGUUUAUCUGUCACCAUUUUAUCAGAAUAAUUGAGGCCCAGAUUUAAAGGUAUUCUUGUAGCCUGAAAUACACUCUAUUGGUUAUUACUUUCCUUUUACAAGCAAUAAAUAGUCAUUUAAUUCUAAUAUACAUACCCAUGAGACAUUUAAAAAAUCGGCAGGAGGUGGGGCUUACCAGGUACCUUUAGAGCUACUACCUGAUUUAUCUUUAAGCUUUUAGGAUGUAAACAAACAUCCUUUUUUGUUUGUGAGACAAACACUUAUAUGAUAGAAUAAGUAGUAAUUAACAGAAAUAACCCAAAUAACAUCCAGAAAUGCUGAAGUAACCAGUUGAUCUUAGAAGAAAAGCCAGUAUCUGCUUACAGAGGGAAAAUAAUAAUACAAAGUAAGCCUAGAAAUAUUUUCCCUUUGCAAGGUUUUUAUACCUUAAAUGGAUAAUUGAUUCUUCAAGUUUUCCUCCCUAUGAUGUUUCCUGCUGCCUAUUUUACUGUUUUAUUGUUCAUACUGUUAAUUUCCCCAUGUUUUCUAUAUGUGUUCCCUUAUUGGAGGAGAUAAAACACUCCUUUACAUCUGUAUGGUUCUCGUUAAUAUGAAAAGAGUUGGCUAGGUUACUUCAAAAUUGUAGUUACUGUAUCCCAAAGCUUUAACUGAAAACCAUUAAAUUUUAAUGUUCUUUGUUGUAGUAAAAUGUGCAUUGUUUAAUGUAGACUGAAAAAUAAAAUUUAGGCUGAGUCUAGUA